AAGAUCCCAUAUGAAAAGGUAUAGCUAUAUAUCUUUUGCAAAAUACAGGCAUAUAUAAGAUAAGAAUAAUUCAGAUUGCCAAUUUGCCAAAGUUUGGAAAAAUGGGAAGAACUCCUUGUUGCUCUAAGGUAGGACUGAACAGAGGAGCUUGGACUGCUCUUGAGGACCAAACUCUCACAGAUUACAUCAGAACCCAUGGAGAAGGAAAAUGGAGAAAGAUCCCAAAGGAAGCUGGUCUCAAGAGAUGUGGAAAGAGCUGCAGACUGAGGUGGCUGAAUUAUCUUAGACCUGAUAUCAAAAGGGGAAAUAUAACUCAGGAGGAAGAGGAUCUCAUCAUUAGGCUACACAAGCUAUUAGGCAACAGAUGGUCACUGAUAGCAGGGAGAAUCCCAGGGCGAACAGACAAUGAGAUCAAAAACUACUGGAACACAACCUUAGGGAAGAAGGUGAACUAUACGGAUCAACAAACAAAGCAAUCCUCUGGUGCUGUUAACGACAACACGAAGAAGAAGAGAAACAAGAGCACCAAGUUACCAACGUCCACAGAUAAAACUCAACCGUCGACCAACAUUGCAGUCCGUACAAAGGCAUUAAGAUUCAACAAGGUUCUUGUCACCCCACAUGCACAACAAGAAGCCAUCUUUCCUCACCACGCCGAUGGAAAUCACGGGGACUUGGUGGCGAAGAAGAAGGCGGCUGCUGCCAACUACUACAGCUCUGAACAAGAAGACACGACAGCUUCGGAGGACCUCAUGUUGGAUUUCGACGUCGGGGAGCUUUUGAUGUCUGGAAUUAACAACCCAGAUUCAGAAUUCUGGAAAAUAUGCCAUCAGUUGGACGACAACAAUGAGGGCUCAAAGAACUACAAAUGGGCAUCGUCUCAUCAUGCACCUCUGUGGUUCUCUGAGGAUUACAAGGAUUGGAUGGGAGAUGAUGACUGUUUCCACCAUUGAUUAAUAAUGUUGACCAUAAGCA